AGGCUCCGGCCGGGCCUUCAGCCGCCGAGGGGUUGGAAGGGCCCUUGUGGGCGCGGAUGAGCCUAGGGCCGGGCGUCCCCAAGUCUGUCGCCCCGCCCCCACUCGCGCUCCCCAGAAGCUCCGCUGAACCUUCUUGUCGGGCCUUUGAUCCCCUUUGGCCUCAGGCCCCUUUCCAGCUUCCUCCCAGCCGGUCCCUGGGUGCAGCCUGCCUGGCGGUGUUUGAAUUUGCUACUGGUCAUCACGAAAGUGAGAAAGUAAAUUUCCCCUAACCAUCGCCGCCGUCUUUCCGGGUGGCUGGCGUAAUCUUCUACCCUACCACUGAAUUGCCGGCUUCCCCAGCGGCAGAGCCAGGACUGGAACCCAGAUCUUUGGUUUAAGUGCUCUCUAUUGAAAAUGGCAGGCCCCUCUCCACUCCAUAGGAAAACUGACGUUUUCCUUUCACGAAGCAGUUUUCUGUGAAAACCUGGUUAUUGAUUUCCUACAGAAGGGGGAGGUAUUGUAUGGGAAAAGCUUGCAGUAAGGUUAUAAGGGAUACUGUCGACUCCCUGUGCUUGGAAUCCUGGUGCCACCUUCACAGGCCUUAGAAACUAGAGCAUGUUACUUCCAGUCUGUUCUCAGUUUCCUAAGCCAUGAAAUGGGAGAGCUGGCAAGGCCAAGUGUAUUGCGGGACUCAGUGAUGUAGGUGGGGCCUGGCACUCAGUGCCUCCUGCUGCAGCUACUGAUAGAGUUCUGUGGCCUUUUUCUCUGACCUGAGGAAAGAGUUGGACCUGGGCCAAUAUACCAGGAUGGCCCAGCCCUUCUCUCUAUUCCUGUCUGCUCCUGUCUUAGCCCUGACAUGGGGUCAUUCUCAGGUGGUCUAUGGAUUUCAGAGUUGGUGACAUGAGGGGCGAUGAGCAAAAAGUGGCUUCCUCCUGCCUCUCUUUUUUUCUUCUCUCAGAUCAGCCUUCUGUAGACUGCCCAUGCUCAGGAAGAAGAGCCCAGAAAGAAAACAUGGCUACUAAACAUAGGGAAACAAAGUCUCAGGUAUCAGUGACAUUCGAGGAUGUGGCUGUGCUCUUUACACGGGAUGAAUGGAGAAAGCUGGGUUCUUCUCAGAGAAAUUUGUACCAGGAUGUGAUGCUGGAGAACUACAAUAACCUGGUCUCAUUGGGACUCCCAUUUUCUAAACCAAAAGUGAUCUCCCUGUUGCAGCAAGGAGAAGAUCCCUGGAAGGUAGAGAAAGAAAUUCCUGGAGAUACCUGUCUAGAAUGGAAGAGCAGUCAUAAAACCACAAAGUCAACACAAACAAAAGAUUCUUCACUUCAGGAGUUGAUAAUGAAAAGCUCCAAUAGGAAUGGACCCUGGGACUACAACAAAUCAGAAAAACUCUACAUAUAUGAAGACAGAUUAGAGAAAAAAGAAAGUGUCCAGAUAGUUUCAGUCACCAAUAAAAAAUUUCUCGCUGUAGAAAGAAGACAUAAAAAUAAUGAAGUUGGCCAGAACUUCAGCCCAAAGUCCGAUCUUGUUAGGCAACAGAUGGUUCCUAGACAAAAAACACUACUACACGGAAACAGUUUCAAGCAAAAUUCAAAUUUGCUUAUUCAACCAAAAAUCAACAUAGCAGAGAAACGCUAUAAAUGUAGUAUUUGUGAGAAGACCUUCACUAAUACAUCGUCCCUUCGUAAACAUGAGAAAAACCAUAGUGGAGAGAAAUUAUUUAAAUGUAAAGAAUGUUCAAAAGCCUUUAACCAAAGUUCAGCUCUAAUUCAACAUCAAAUAACUCAUACUGGAGAGAAACCCUACAUAUGUAAAGAAUGUGGGAAAGCCUUCACUCUUAGUACAUCCCUUUAUAAACAUUUAAGAACACAUACUGUGGAGAAAUCCUAUAGAUGUAAAGAAUGUGGUAAAUCCUUUGGCCGAAGGUCAGGCCUUUUUAUACAUCAGAAGAUCCAUGCUGGAGAAAAUCCCUAUAAAUACAAUCCAGGUAGGAAGUCAUCUCUUCCUGGAUGUCAGAGAAUUCAUUCCAGAAAGAAGUCCUAUUUAUGUAAUGAAUGUGGCAAUACCUUUAAAUCUAGCUCAUCCCUUCGUUAUCACCAGAGAAUACAUACUGGAGAAAAGCCUUUUAAAUGUAGUGAAUGUGGGAGAGCCUUCAGUCAGAGUGCAUCUCUAAUUCAACAUGAAAGAAUACACACUGGAGAAAAGCCCUAUAGAUGUAAUGAAUGUGGAAAAGGUUUCACUUCUAUUUCACGACUUAAUAGACACCGUAUAAUUCAUACUGGUGAGAAGUUUUAUAAUUGUAAUGAAUGUGGUAAAGCCUUAAGUUCCCACUCAACACUUAUUAUUCAUGAAAGAAUUCAUACUGGAGAGAAACCAUGUAAAUGUAAAGUGUGUGGGAAAGCUUUCAGACAAAGUUCAGCUCUCAUUCAACAUCAGAGAAUGCAUACUGGAGAAAGACCCUAUAAGUGUAAUGAGUGUGGGAAAACAUUCAGGUGUAAUUCAUCCCUCAGUAAUCAUCAGAGAAUUCAUACUGGAGAAAAACCGUAUCGUUGUGAGGAAUGUGGGAUCUCCUUUGGCCAAAGUUCAGCUCUUAUUCAACAUCGAAGGAUUCAUACAGGAGAGAAACCCUUUAAAUGUAAUACAUGUGGGAAAACUUUCAGACAAAGCUCAUCACGCAUUGCCCAUCAGAGAAUUCAUACUGGAGAGAAGCCUUAUGAAUGUAAUACAUGUGGGAAACUUUUCAACCACAGGUCGUCCCUAACUAAUCAUUAUAAAAUUCAUAUUGAAGAGAACUCCUAGAAGUAGAUUUGCAUGUUUGAAGGCCUUAAACUGAAGCUCAUCAGAAUACACUAAGAAUGAUAUAUAGUAAGUAUAAUGGUUAUGAAAAAGCAUCCUAUAAUUUAGUUCUCAUAGAUACUAAUUCCAAAGAUACCCCUUUACUAUAUAAUAGAAUAAGAGGAAAGUGAGGUGUUCAUUACUGUCAUACCCUUUCUAAGAUAAUGUGAAAUGAAUAAUUCACAAAUGAAGGCAUUGACUUUGGGAAUUUGUAAAAUAAUAUGUCUUCUUUCUAAACCAAUGUACAAUAGGUAUCUUGUGUGAUACUCAAAACAUCUGGGCAGGGGGAGCUGUGUAUUAAAUUUCUCAUUUUUAAAUGAAUAAGUUUUAUAACAUUUUAAUGUAUAUAAGGUUUGGUCUGAGAAAAUAUACAUUUUUAGAGAAAAGGAUCAAAUAAAAAGAUUAAAAAUGAACUGUUACUACCUCUUAGUUUCUGGGGUUAGUUUUUUUCCUGACCCACUGUCAAACUUUGUGCAUGCAUUUCACUUAAAAAUAGAAAUAAAAGUCUCUUCCUUUGAUCUUUUGUAGUUGCUGUAAACUAGGAGUGUUCUACCUAAUUCCUAAUCUUAGAAUUUUUUUUCUCUGCAUUUGUUAUGAAAAGAUACUGGCUAUAUAAUGUCAGUUGUCAUCUUAGAAAAAAUUAAAUGGAAAACUGAGCAAUUAUUUCAAGUUUAAAGUUUACACAUACAGGGCCUACCUGGUGGUGCAGCCAGUUGAGCACUGCGCUGUGGAGCCGGUUCAAUUUCCAGCUGGCCAGGGAGAUUACCAGAUGGCAUGGCAGACUUCUGUCGUGCCCACUGCUCCCCUCAGCAGUGUUUCAGUCCUUCUGCCUGUUCUGCUCCCUACUCUGUCUCGGGUGAAUUCUCUUGCCCUCCCACACCUCUGGCCUGUACCCCAGUGAUUGUAUAAAUAAAUAAAUCUUUUUAAAAAAAAGCUUAUACAUACAUAUUAAUGUGUAUUUGCAAAAGAGGCUAUCAAAAAUUUAAUGACUAACAGUUGUACCCAAAUCUUGAAAGGCAUGUCAUUUUACGGGGGAAAAAAAACUUUCCCAACUUUCCCUAGCUUGGUGCUCUUUCACUCUUUAGUAACUUUAAGAAGAUGAAAGGAAUAUAAACAAUUCAGAAUUUUUUUUUUAAAUACAAGCUGUAGGGCAGGCACUGUACUACAUACUGAAAUUUCAAGAAUGGCCCCAACCACAAACUGGGACAAAGAAGAUGAAGCUGGGGGACUAGCAGAUAAGUAAGCAAGUCAUGUCACAGUAUGUUAAAUGUGGUAAUAACAGAUGUGAUAAUAUGUUGCAGUGCACGAAUGUACAGGUUUACACAGGAUGAAUAGAAGAUUGAAUGUAAUCGAAGAAACCUGAGAGAUUAAAAACUUUCCAGGGCCAGGUUUUGAAAUAAUAUUAAAAAGUCUGGAGAUAAGCACGCCAAAAACAACAACAAAAAAUAAAAAUAGAAAAUGUAUGUGUAUAGAGGCUGGUGGGGAAUAUCCUGACAUGUUUGUGAAAGCUCGAGUGUUUUCAAGUGAGCCUACAAAUGACAGGUGUUAGAAGACAGAAACCAGAUAACAAAAGGCCUAUUUGCCAUUGUAAGAAGUUUGGAUUUUAUCCUAAAAUUGAUGGGGGUCAAAAAGGAAAAUUGUUAGGGCAACUGUAAAGGGUGAAUUUAGAGAGUUGAACAAAGCUGUAUAAAAUGAUUCCUAGAAGUCUGAACAAUUCUAAUUCAAAUAUAGAUGAGUCCGAAUGGAUGGAGAAUAGAAGAUAAUGUAUUAGAAAAAUGACAUGAUUUUUAGAAACAGAUGAGGUUGGUGAGUGAGAAGGCAGCUGACUCAGGGAAGGUUAGCAGGUGUCUUUAAUAGGACAUGCCCAGCAUUAAUGUGUUGUCCUGUAACUAUUUCUCUGGUGAACCUUAAUUCCCCACCACCACCACCCAUAGCAAAAAUUCAGCAGGCAGUGCUGUUUUUCUAUUUCAGCAUUGUUAACUAAAUUACCUAAAUGACAACACUAGAUGAAAAUCACUCAAGCUGAUCUGUUAAUUACAGGUCAGCUGAAAGCAGACAGCCCAGUGUCUCCAGACACCAACCAGUGAAUGCCUCAUUCCAGUGACUUGCUUCUGAAAGUAUGCCAGUCAAUUACAAUUGUAUUCAAGUGAUCAUACAAAUAUAUUUGAAAAUCUGUCAAUCCAUAAAUUCUCCUGUUUCUAAAAAUCCAACAAACUUGACACUAAGUUUUAAAAAAAAAACCUUUCGUGUGAUCUGCUCUGGUUACUAGAAGACAGUUCUCCCUUGCUGACAUACUUAAAGUUCACAUAUUAAGUUCAAUUUAUUAUUAGUUUGCAAUGAUUUUAACAAGCCCAAUUUACUGUUAGAGCUCCAGUGACAAAUUGACUAGUGAGGCCCUGAUACUAUAAAUUCAAUAUUCUCAAUGAUUCAAAUUAUUCUUUUAUGUGUGUACUUGAAUUUCAAAUACAAUUCCAAAUACAAUGAUUAAUUUUCAGACGUUGGCUAUCUAUUAAGUUAAAUGUCACUUUGAAGCCUUCUGCACUAUGAAAUUGUUCAUUCAGUAUUAAAAAUGAUGGAAAGUCAGAUAUAAACCAGCAUAUGCUAACAACUAAAUCUAAGUGAUGAUUGCAAGUGAAUAAAGUGAUAAAUUUUCUGGUGAAAAGAAAUUCAGAUAACAAUUGCAAGAGAUAUCACCAAAAUGGCAACAGAAGACAUCCCUUGCUUUGCUUACAAGAGGAACGAUUAGGUACUAACAGGACACUACUGAGAGAAUCUUACCACCACAGUAGUGAGGGUGAAGCACCCUCUGGACCUCAGAAACCAACACAGACCUUAUUUUAGAAGGAAUACUGAGGAGAUUCAUGCAUUGUUGUAAUGAUACACAGAGGUAGUAGUCUUGGAUGGGAGGAGAAUGAAUAUGACAAAGAUGCCAACCUAAACAAAGGCCCUCAGAUGGGGAAAGCAGAGACAAUGUGGAGGCCCAUGCCCUCAACCCAAAGCAGAGAAGCUGAGGUAUUCUACAUGGACUGGCAGCAAAAAAAGACACAAAACAAGUCCUCUAAACUACCCUUCCCCAACCCUUGGGAUUUGUACUGGCAUUGUGAAGUAUACAAUAUCAAGUAGAUUACUAAAUUCCAUAUCUGGGAGUCUAAAGAGUAGGAAAAAUAGUAAGCAAUGAGUCAGUGAACUUGAAGAGAGAUGACUAAAAAUCCACAUGCAAGAAGAAAGAAGAUAGUUUUUAAUGAGUUUACUGUCACUGCAAACUAUUUAGAUAAUCAAAGGUUUGCUUGCUAUUACAUGCAAGAGUGUUGCCCAUAUAUAUAAUUGAGGGGAAAACUCAGGAGAUUUGCAAGACAUUCAAUAUAUGACCAUUGAAGAAGAAGCAGAACCAGUGGUGUGAAGAGAAGUGAAAUGCUGUUCCUGACACUGUAACACUGUAAGU